UCACCAACAAAAACCCUAACCGAGGAAAAAAAUCCCAAUUAGUUUCUAUUUCAUCUUACUGUUAGCCAGAAUUCUGAUGGAGGGCCAAUGUUCUGAUUCCAGCAUGCAAUCCAAGUUUCAGAUCAACUUAAAAAUUGAAAAAAAUUGUGACGAUGGAGGUAAACAGGUCAGACACAAUUCAAGCCAUCAAAACCAAGGUUUAUGCAAGAGAGGGAAUGCCCGCGAACAAUCAAGAGCUAUUUUUUGAAGGCAAUCACCUAAGUGACGCAUCGAAGACACUAGCUGACUACAACAUCUCCCAAAAUUCCAUGAUCAACCUUUUGUUUGGAGGCACUAUGCAAAUAUUUGUAAAGAUCCUUACAACUGGGAAAACUUUGAAGCUCGUAGUGAAGGACAAAGAUACCAUCCAAAAUGUGAAGGCUAGGAUUGAAGCUAUGGAGGGAAUUUCUCAGAAUCGUCAAGGACUCGUCUACAUGGGAAAAUCUGUUGAAGAUAACCAUUCAUUACUUGCUUGCAAUAUACAAAAUGGUUCAACCCUUCAGAUGAUUCUAUGUCCAGUGGAUAAGUUUGAUAUCUUGAUCUGCACAAUGAAUGGGCAUCUUAUAAAACUUGAAGCAAGAUCUUGGUAUACUAUCCGAGAUAUCAAGCUGAUAGUUGAGGGUAUGAAGGAUAUUGAUGCAACCAAACAAAGGCUUUUUUGUGAUGUCACAGAGCUGGAGGGCAGCGUCACGCUUUCCGAAUGCAGAAUAUUCGAUCGAACAAUUCUUCACUUGCAUGUUGAGAUUUAGAUGUUCAUAGAUAUUUCGAACGGGAAGAUUAUCACACUAACGAUUGAUAAUUAUGAUUUCAUUGAUCCGGACAUUUUGUCUGGUCUUUAGUAGGUAUUAUCAUAUUUGGGAGUUUAAAGUUGUUAAAACAUUGGACUUUUGUCUUUCUUUUUAUGUGGUAAAAACUUUUGAGCAUGAGGGAGUUUAUGGAAUCAACGCUAAUGGUUU